UAUUUUGUUUCCACUGAACUUUAUACUUUGUACUUUGUUCAUCUAUAUUUUUGACUUAUCAGCACCAAUUCUUGUUUGCAGCACUCCAUAUGGCUGCAGCUAAUAGACAUCUUGGGAUAGUGGAGUAUCUGAUUGCUAAAGGAGUGGAGAAGAGUAAUCCUUUGCAUUGGGCAUGCCUUAAUGGCCAUCUUGAGGUGGUUAAGAAAUUGGUUUUAGUUUUAGCAGGAGCAAAUGGAAGCACCCCAAAUAGCCAUGAGUGGACUCCUAUUGAUAAGGCUCUGAGUAGGGAAAAGACGGUAGUUAUGGAUGCCAUUAACGCAGCAAUGACAGAAUUGGAGCUUGCUGGUGCCAGUGUUUCCUAAUGUUGGAACUUAAUGAUUGAAGUCACGGUUCUAUAGUUUAAUAAAAGUAUCUAUCCCUUUCUGCUAAAGACAUGUUAAGCUUUUAACAUAGCUAUCUUCUCCCUGGUUCUUGUAGCUGGAACAAAGCUUAGCAGAACUUAAGAUGCUCUUUAACUUUGGGAAAAACAAAAAAUUCUUGGCUUAUCAGUUUGAUGUGAUAUAAAGUAUAAAGAACACUUAACAGU